CCCGCGGCCAUGGAGCUGGGUGCCGCGCGGCGCGCCGUGCUCGCGGCCGUGCGGGGCACGCGCGCUGCCGACCUGCCCCGCCUGCUGCGCUGGAUGCGCCACUCCCAUGACUUUGAUGAGCUUGUGGUGAGUAACAAUGAUGUUGUGCUCAAAAAUAUUGCUGAAGAUUUGCGGAAUCGUUUACCCAUCGAGGCAAUGUUUACUUCAGAACAUCAAGCUGUUCAGAAAAUACACCAGCAUCCACUGCCCAUGAUUCAUGUUGAUGCAUUCCUUUAUGAUGAUGAUGUUGUUGAUUCAUUGUGUGAGGAAGGAAAAAUGAGUAGGAGCUACUGCACAGAGUGUGGCUCAUACAAAACUGCAUCUUUAGAGUUUAUUUCGCAUUCCUUUUCCCUCAUGGAACUGAAGUUUCUUUAUCAACAUGUACUGCCUGACCUGACAGGAAAGGUAGUGGUUGACGUUGGCUCCAGGCUUGGUGCAGUGCUAUUUGCGGGUUAUCUUUAUAGCUCAGCAUCCCAGCUAUAUGGAGUAGAAAUGAAUGCAGACUUUUGCCAGUUGCAAGAAAUUAUGAUUACAAAAUAUGAGUUCAUUGACAGAAUAAAGGUGGUUCAUGCAGAUAUCUGUACUCAGGCUUCGCUUCUUCAGAAGGCUGAUGUUGUUGUAAUGAAUAAUGUCUUUGAAUAUUUUCUUGACAGACAGGAACAGGCCAGAGCUUGGGAAUUUAUUGCUUGUAAUGUAAGGAAAAGAGGAUCCUUAUUAGUGACAGUUCCAAGUCUUCAAGAAUCACUUUCAAAGCUCCAGACAGAUGUACAGCUCAGCCAAUGGGUCGAAGAGCUGCAGCUAAACUACGAUGUGUAUAUGGAAAAGGAUGUUGACAGAGAAGCACUCGAACAGAUACAUUUAUACAAGAUUCUCUAGUACCUGGAAAAAUUUACUAGUAUCCUUAUAAUAUCAUAUAUUUUGGGUCUAAAACAAAUUUGGAUUAAUUUGUGUGAAUAAAUCAGGUCAAAAUUCAUAUUGUGAUUAAUCUGAUUCAUAUAUAUGGUUUGUAAUGAAAAAGAGCCUUGGAAACAGGUUUUCUUACGGAGGCAUUUUGUCUCAGCAGAGUAUUUUGACUUUUAACUAGGAGAUAUACUCAUGGUUUAGUUUUUGCAGAAAUGGUAGAAAGAGUGGCUACAUACUGAUACUAAAAGAAUUUUUCAUCACUAGCAUUGUGCACUGCCAAUGUUUGCUAAAUAUAUCAAACCUAAGAAUAGUGAAUCAUUAUUAACAUGAAUGAUAAGAAUGCAUUUAGCAUAAUGUUACUUAAAAGCAGUAGUGCUGGUUCAUUUUGGUAUAGACCAUUUAUUAUUAUCUAUAAUAAUAAUAUUUACUGUCAGCAGUAUUAUCUUUAGUUUUCCUCCUAUGGAAUUUGUAGGGUUUUUUUCCAGGAUCUGCUUGAUAACCAGAGUGUCUACUUGGCAUCUGUUAUGAGAGAAGCAAGUUCAUCCAUUUAGUUAGUUGUCCUUAAAGUGGGUAUUAAUAUAAAAGACACCAAGGAGCCAUUGAGAAUUAAUACAGCAAGUCUGGGACAAUGGAACUCUUUUCCACCUUCUGCACUUCUGCUGGGGAUGGUAGGAAGUGUAAUAAGGGGUUAAGAAGCUGAAAAUUCUGAACAGGUGUCACGGCUUAGCAGAGGCUUGGUGAUGGCGUAAAACACUGGAAAUUCGUAACAGAGCCUCCUCAGAGAGAAAAGAUCCACAUACGCCCACCACAUUUAUAUUUAGAUUUUACGUUCUAAGGAUGUGAAGCUUUUAGUCAGCUGAAGAAUGUUUCGGGUUUUAGCAAACAUUAACGAUCCAAGUGCAAAAAUAUUAACUUCAGGAGUUUUGGACUAAAUGUGUUGUGAAUUUAGAAGCACUGGUAAAAAGUUUGCUGCACAAGUUGUCUAGUGUAAGUGGGAAAACAUUAAAUUGGAUUUCAGUCUUCAAAUGAUUUACAGGUCAGUGACCUUAAUAAUAUAUGCUGUAAGCAAAAAGAUCAGUGCCCUUUGGGCACUCACUGACAUAGUAAGUAAAUGGCACUUUAGAAAGAAUAGUGAGUGUUAAGAAGUCUUAUUUUCAUGGUCUGUUUGGAGUGGAAGAGGAUGUUUUAACUUGAGUGAUACUGAACCACUGCCCAAAUACUGUGUUGAAUCUAUUCUUCAUGCAUUUAAAAAUUAAAAAAGAUGGAAAGCUCUUCUUAAAAUGUUUAUUUUAUUAAAGUACAAUAACUGAACUGUUGAUUACUUAGUUGUCAAUGAGACAAGUGCCCCUAGAAAAGAAACUUAGGAGAGGCUAAGCAACAGGGUGGCGGUAAUGCAAGGCUAAUAGAUUUAACAAGGAGAGAAUAAAAAUCGAGAAAAGAAAUGUGUGUGCAAGUCAGAAUGAGGAAAUGAGCACUCUAGUAAUCAGUGCAGUGGAAGCUGUGACUGAAUUGGAGUGUAUAAAUAGGCUGUUAUAAAAGGAAGACUGAAUGGGUCAUAAAAAACUACUUCAUAAAACCCUACGACCAUGUGAGAAGAAAACACCAUGUUGGAAUGUUUUUUACUUUUUGCAGAGGUCCUGCAAGAUCUCCCGAAUCAAUUGUCAGGACGUAGGGCUCGUGAUACUGGGUUUGAUCUGUGCCCUGCACCUUGUUUUGGUAAUACGGGAACUACAACUUUCAUUGCAGUUGUUUCCCCUCUUCUUGCUGAGUCUUCAAAUGCUUUUUUUGAGUGUUGAUUUCAGAUAAAAAAAAUUUCAAUAGACUGGAGCAGAUCACCAGCAUAUUUAACGACAUCUGUAUCCUCUGACUCUGGAAAUAGCAUGCACACAUCUGGAGCUCAUAUGCAACAGAGGGUGCAACAGGGAAGCUCCCCCUGUCUAUUUUAAACAUCAGGAGAAACUCAAAAGGUGAGUUAAAGCUGCUGAAAUGUGUGUUUUCCUCUCCUGCCCUUAAUAGGUUCUUGAUUAAAACCCUCACCUCAACACGUUCACAGAGAAGAGGUGGUGGUAAUACAGUUUGGGUUUUUUAAACUCAUGCUCAGAAAUACAACUCCUCUGUCUUUUUGGAAGCCUCUUUCUAACUUGGCUUCAUAGGGUCAGAGCUUGUAGGGCCAUUCUUAAGGAUUUUAUGAGCUGCUUAACUCAUCUACUGGAGAGCUAGAAAGAACUAGCGUGUGAAAGAGGGUAUUAAUUGUCUCUUUUCCAGCUGGCCCCUUUUAGUCAUGUUAUAUAUUCCCACACACAAGGAUAGCAAAGGUAAGGUGUGAUGAUGUUUGCAAAACCUUGUGUGAAAGUGGGCAAAUCGGUCCUCCGUGUGUGCUCUCUGAAGGCCUCGGACGUGAGCUGCAAUCCUCCUGGGACUGCAUGCGUUGCCUCAGCUCAGGUUUUGCUUGUUCAGCUCAAGGAAGCUGCCAAGGGUAUAUCCAGUGUGCUGAGUCCUUGUUUUUGGUUCUGCUACUGCUGAAUUGUGUGGUAUUUGGCAGAUGAUUGAACUUUUCUCUGCCUUGGUGUCUACAGUGAAAAUAGAAAUAACAAAUCCAAAAUCAAAGCAAGGUUGUGGAUUAAUUGAAUAUCGAUUGCUUUGAGAUUGUCAUUCAAAAAGUGCUAAACAGCCAAGUUCUUCUUUGUAAACUGACCUAAUUUAAAAGACCUGAAAGGCAAAGAAAAUACCAGUACCUCUUUGAGAUACUUUCUGGCUCUUUUCUUCAUGUAACAGCAUUGAAAAGGAAGUGCAGAUUAACCACAGUACAGUGUUAAAAAUGCACAAAUAAUUAAUUCCUAGUGCUCUCAGUUUUUAUACUGCCCUUGCUGUUAGGUGGCCUUGGAUGUUGGGGAGAGGGGAGAAACAAACUUCACUGGUCCUCAGAUUUUUGGGUUUGUGUGCAGGGCAGGUCUGUGACAGCUCCCGCAGAUGGCAUGGUGGCUCUUGGGAACUGCCAACCAGAGCUGCUCGCUGCCCCAAACAGCUCUGGGGCUGCACGGCUGGUGUGCUACAUCCUCGCAUGAAAGACAGCUCUUUGUAUGACCUGAUGGAGGUCCUAACCCCAGCUACAACAGCAAAAUGCUAUGGUCAUGAACAACUGAUAAAUCACAACAUUUCACAUUUGUAGACCUGAGUUAAAACAAAUUAAUGUGAGGGAGAUGCACAUCUGCAGUGCUUGUAACCACCAGGAGUUUCUGUCACACAGAAAACAGCUCUGCUGUUCCCCAGCAUCAUAACUUUCCAUGUAGUACUCUGGCUUCUGCAGAAUGAACUAUUUGAAAUUUAAACUCAUUGAGAACUACUUCUGUAGUAGUAAAAGAAGAAAAAAAGAAGACUUUCUGGAUCCACUGGAGUAGCACAAGAUGUCAAUCUGAUUCACUUUGCAGACAGGGAACCUUGCAAAUAUUUUUGCUUGAGGUUGUGUUUUCGAAAAAUCACCACGUGCCUGGUGAGGGCAGCCUGGCUCUCAAAGGUAAGUAAUUUUCCAUAUGUCUUUUUUCACAGUAAGCAAUACUGGAAGGGGCCAGUGACAUAUGCUUGGGAAAACUUGACGGUGGGGCAAGCUUGAAAAAAAACAAAUCCAGCUCUUUUAUUCCUCACCAUCUGUGUCAUCAGCCUCCUCUCUUUCCUAGGUUUCUCAUGUCUCUUGUCUCUUUUCAGCCAUAUUCUCUCCCUGCUGCCAGCGCCAGGACCAGCCCAUGGUGCAGCAGGAGGCAUGCAGGAGCUCUGCCUGAGCGUGGCUGCAGCCUGCAUGUUUUCUCUGUUACUAGAAGACAAUAAUAGUGAACAUGACUGGUAACUUCAGUUGAGCAACUUCUAGAGUUCAAGGCAGACUGGAGUAAUGAUGGAAUAAUUUUUUAAGGGGCUGCUUUGUACUCUCCAGGAAUUCUUGGUAGGGACUCCAAUGAAACGAGCAGAACCUGUUAGAUCUCAUCUGAGAGCUCACAACAGACCCAGGCUACAGCUCCCCUGCCUCAGUAAAAAGUGGGAGUUGACAUAGGCAAUGCCACUACUCUUUGCUGGCGUUUUAACAAAUGGCCUCUCACAUGCCUUUGGGAUGUCACAAGCCCUCUGCAGUAGAGGGGGUUGUUUUUGUAGAAAUAAGUGCAAAUAAGAAAUACAAAUAAUAAAUCUGAAGAAAGAAGGCAGUGCUGCCUGGCCAACAACUGUAUGUUAAAUGCUCUUUCUGGAAAUGUCUAUACUUCACUUAUUCAUUAUUUGAGAGCAGAUUAGGGUGGAACAGUAUUUUGACAAAGGAAAAGAGAUGGAACAUGAUACUUAAAUAUGUAUAUUUUUAAAUUCCUGACAGCUUGCAUCAUUUAAAAAAAUGACAUGUUUGGCCCUAGGAGUGAGUCUUUUCCAACAGGAAGAAGGUAGCAGUACUCUUGAAGGCUUAGAGCUGAUCACUUCCAGAGUCCCUUGUAGCUUGUAAUGCAGGAGUCCCCUAUGCGAAUGAAUGCGAGAGUCAUCCCCACAAUUCCAACAGAUCUUAAAAUCCCAAACCCAGAAGUUCACUAUUACUUGUCUUUUCUACUAAGAAUUUGCAUCCCCCUUUUUUUUUUUUUUUACUGCUGCAUGACCUGUGUGAUGUCCCAGUCCCUCUUGCAGUUAUAGUACUGCUUUACCUGUAGACCCUAUCUGGGGAUUUUUGCAUUCAUGCUUCUCAGGAGACUCCUUCCACUUGGUGGGACAGAAGGAAGAGGAGAGCAGUUUUCAUUCUUCAUCACAGGGUGCCUCAGAGUCCUGAGUUCUUCCUGAUCUGCCUCUCUCUGUGUGAAAAUGGCUGUUAGGGCUUAUUUUUCCACCACCUGCCCCAAGCCCUGCCAAAUGCCUACAGGGCAAGUGGGGGAGAGGGGAGGCUCUGUGAUGCUGCUCAGCUGUGCUUUCCCAGGUUUGCCCAAGCAUGGAAGGGAGCCAGCCAAAACUGUCAGCCUGGGCUGGAAACAGCAAGGAUAGGAAAAGUCAGCAAAAGAUUUCACGCCAAAAUUUAAAGCAGAGUAAUUUAGCAGAGUUGCUAGCAGCCCCAACAGAGAUCAGGCCCCGAUCAUCUUCAGUAUUGUGAGAACAUAUGUAUUGUGUAUGUGUGUAUAUAUAUCCGCCCAUGGAAUGAGACUCUCCUUAUCCUCAAGAGUCCACUGUGUACAUGGACAAAGGUAGAAGAAAGGAAAUAUUAUUUCCUAUCUUCCAGAUGGGGCAUUGAAUUUUGUGUGGUUAUUGUGAUUGUGUAAAUGAGGUAAUUGCACGCACAUGAUCUGCUGUGGGAUUGGUGAGUGCACUUACUGUGGUCAGUAUUUUCAGGGACUUAAAAUUGGGAAUACGAAAAUACAUAGCUGUUAAGUACUCUCUAUUUUGAAAAUGACAUUAAGAAGAUAAAUAGUUCACAAUUUACUGGGAAGGGAGGAGGGGAAAGGAAAGGAACAUCACUGGAAGCUUCCUGGCAAAACUGUUUAAGUCACUAGAAUACAGGCACCAAGCUGACACACAGACAAACAUUGUAAGGGCACUGGUGCAAUGAAGAAUUUGGGUGGAGCUGCCUGCUUCCAGCUUCUCAAACAAAGAAACUAACAAAGGAAAAAUCAGCGAUUUUAGUAGUAACCUAAACAGAAAGCUAACAAAACAUGAGGCUUAGUGUCUUAAAAUAAAACUGAGCGUGAUGUCGCGGAAGUGCUUGCCAACUAACUAGGUUUGGAUGCUGAGGAACAAUAUUCUGUACUAGAGAUAACAGAUGCCUACAUGUUUUUUUUCAGUCCUGUGUAAGGUGUGCAAGCUGAGAAUGUAAGUAAACAGGUACAUUUGCUUGGUAGUUUUGAAAGCAUUUUGAAUAGUAAGUACAUUUCAGUUAGGAGCUGUGGCAAUUAGGAAAAACAAUUACUGGAACCAGUAAGUUAUACUAAUCUUGAACUGCUGUGCUAUGUACGUGUACUAAGGGUGUCCGUGUCAGAGGCCUACACAGGAGCAUCUCAGACAUCCUCACCGAUCCUUUCCCUCUUUGUGCAUGUUAGAAAGUCUGGACCAGUGACUGGUAGGUCAUUGUCAGCGCUUCCCUUUUGCCAAGGUAAUAACUCAGAAGGUCAUCAGCAAAAAGAUCCACACCAGAGCCAGGCAAUGAGGAGGGGGUCACAGAAAGCAGUCAAGGAUUUUAUAAUCAAAACUACUGCAUGUGUGAGUACAACAUGUGGUGCUGCAAUACUGUGAGUCUGUGUUUUUAGUGCAUUUACUGGAAUUAGUGAGGACCUCCACUGUCUAGUUAAAAUCUCUGUGUUGUAGAGUGACUCUCUUCUUGAGUGUCAUCAAGGUGUCAGCCAAAAAUUCUGAAGUUGCAGCAAGACCUGCUGUGGAAGAGAAGACUCAAGACAGCUUUUGGCUCCCUUUUGGGAAGGGGCUGAUUGUGGAGUACAGUACAUGUUGUUGGGCUUUUUUUGUUUUUAAUUACUCAUGUUUUGGACCUUAUUUCUGUUUUUCUUUCAAUGCCAAGCAGAAAUUACUAUUUAGGUCAAACUACUGUUUUGGUACUAAUAGAAGCAGACAUCAGUUUUGUCUAUGGAAUUCA